GGCGAGAGAGAGCUGUAGACUAACUUCACACUGAACCCAUUACUUUUCCAAGAUCAGAGAAAAUAUUACAUUAACAAAGCAACUACUUCUUAUUCAGACAAGAAUUUAAGCUUUGACAUUGUGAACCACAGAUAAAUUGGAGCCUGGCAUCGCAAGGAGGUGUUCUGCAACGAUUUUUUUUUUCUUGUUUAAAGAACUUCACUUCUACAAGAGGAAAUCCAGAAAAUGACAGGAGCAAAGAGGAAAAAGAAAAGCGUACUUUGGAGCAAGAUGCAUACCCCCCACUGUGAAGACAUUAAGCAGUGGUGUAGAAGGCGGCUACCUAUUUUGGAAUGGGCACCACAUUACAAUCUGAAAGAAAACUUGCUUCCAGACACUGUGUCUGGGAUAAUGUUGGCAGUUCAACAGGUGACCCAAGGGUUGGCCUUUGCUGUGCUCUCAUCUGUGCACCCAGUGUUUGGUUUAUAUGGGUCUCUGUUUCCUGCCAUCAUUUACGCCAUAUUUGGAAGGGGACGUCAUGUUGCCACAGGCACCUUUGCCUUGACAUCCUUAAUAUCAGCCAAUGCUGUGGAGCGGCUUGUCCCUCAGAGCACCCAGAACCUCUCCACACAGGGUAACACAAGUGUGCUGGGCUUAUCUGACUUUGAGCUGCAAAGGAUCGGUGUUGCUGCAGCAGUUUCCUUCUUGGGAGGUGUGAUUCAGGUGGCCAUGUUUGUGCUGCAGCUGGGCAGUGUCACAUUCCUGCUUACAGAGCCUGUGAUCAGCGCGAUGACAACUGGGGCCGCCACCCAUGUCGUGACUUCACAAGUCAAGUAUCUCUUGGGAAUGAAAAUGCCAUAUAUAUCUGGGCCACUUGGAUUCUUUUACAUUUAUGCUUAUGUCUUUGAAAACAUCAAGUCUGUCCGACUGGAAGCAUUGCUCUUAUCCUUGCUGAGCAUCGUGGUCCUUGUUCUUGUUAAAGAGCUGAAUGAACAGUUUAAAAGGAAAAUUAAAGUUGUUCUUCCCGUCGAUUUAGUUUUGAUUAUUGCUGCAUCAUUUGCUUGUUAUUGUACCAAUAUGGAAAACACAUAUGGAUUAGAAGUAGUUGGUCAUAUUCCAAAAGGAAUUCCUCCACCUAGAGCUCCCCGGAUGAACAUCCUCUCUGCGGUAAUCACUGAAGCUUUUGGAGUGGCACUUGUAGGCUACGCAGCCUCACUGGCUCUUGCUCAAGGAUCUGCCAAAAAAUUCAAAUAUUUAGUUGAUGACAACCAGGAAUUUUUGGCCCACGGCCUCAGCAAUGUGAUUCCUUCAUUUUUCUUCUGCAUACCAAGUGCUGCUGCCAUGGGCAGGACCGCGGGCCUGUACCGCACGGGAGCAAAGACACAGGUGGCUUGUCUAAUAUCUUGCAUUUUCGUCCUUAUAGUCAUCUAUGCAAUAGGACCUUUGCUUUACUGGCUGCCCAUGGGCAUAUGGGUCAGUACAUACAUAUUUACAAUAUGCUUUGCUGCCAACGUGGGACUGCUGUUUGGCGUUGUCUGUACCAUAGCUAUAGUGAUAGGACGCUUCUCGAGAGCAAAGACUCUACGUAUAAAAAACAUGAAAGAAAUGGAAUUUAAAAUGAAGACAGAAACAGACAGUGAAACUCUGCAGCAGGUGAAAAUUAUCUCAAUAAACAACCCACUCGUUUUCCUUAAUGCAAAGAAAUUUCAUAUGGAUUUAAUGAACAUAAUCCAAAAGGAAAAUGCCAGCAACCAGCUACUUGAUGACAUCAGCAAGUGUGAACAAAACACGCUGCUCAAUUCUCUAUCUAAUGGCAACUGCAAUGAAGAAGCAUCGCAGUCCUGCCCUAAUGAAAAGUGUUCUUUAAUCCUGGAUUGCAGUGGAUUGACCUUUUUUGAUUAUUCCGGAGUCUCCAUGCUUGUUGAGGUUUACAUGGACUGUAAGGACAGGAGUGUGGAUGUCUUGUUAGCCCAUUGCACAGCUUCCUUGAUAAAAGCAAUGCAAUAUUAUGGAAACCUAGACUCAGAUAAACCAAUUUUUUUUGAAUCUAUAUCUGCUGCAAUAAGUAACAUCCAUUCAAAUAAGAAUUUGAGCAAACUGAGUGACCACAGUGAAGUCUGA